AUGAUGUACAUCAAAGCCUUGGUCUUCUUUUUCGUCGCUACCAUUGGCACAGUAUGGACUCCAGGUGGCAGCACACGUGGACUUGCAUUAGCAAGGCCUUCAUUUUUCAACGAAUUUGUCCGCGAUGUAUCAAAUCCUAAGUUUCUUGAUCAUAUUGUCUGGGAGAUAGCUGAAUUCCGGUCACAAAUUCCAGUUAUACCCGGGAGUAUUUUGUGGGUCGCGGAGAAAGGUUACUUAUGGAUGGAGAAAGAAUUAAACAUUCCAACUAACUACGGAUCGAAGCUUUACGAGAUCAAAAGGAGAAAUAACCACGCUUCUUAUUACGUGAUCAAAGCUAAUGACAUAUUUGGACCAAUUAAUAUUCAACACGGGAACACUAUUAACCCCGUCCCAUCAGGUGGCAAACUCCAAUUUGGACCAAUUAAUAUACAAAAAGGAAAUUUGUAUGGAGAACAGAAAAACUAG